CUCUUACCACCACUUCUCCCCAAACCGCCGCUCCCUCUCUAUAAUCGAUCGCCGGUGCCGACAACGUCCCCCUCAUCUCUAACUUCUCUCUAUAAGCAAAGUUCAAGUGUUGGUGUUCUCUAUGGACCGAUAGCCACACACAUGGUGAUGUCGAACACCAACGUCUUCGCCGCUCAUCUCAGACAGCUGAUAAGCAUGUUGAUAUGUAACUGUCCCAUGAUGUGCACUUUGCAUGCCCUAUUGUAUUGCCACGUGGUGGCUUCAGAGAUGAGCCAAGAUUUUUUUGAGCGUGCUUUUGUAGAAUCUGUAUUUAAUAAUCAAAUGACACGUGUAAUCUUUAAUGGCCAGAUGUGUCCUUUGGUUGUCACGAUUGAGCUUUUAUAUAUAUAAAGAUAAUCCAAUUUCACUAUUCAACAAGACAAAUAAAAUACAAAGAACACUCCAAAAUGAACCAUGC